AUGGCGCUUGCACUCGGCAUGAUGUCGACGGCGGCCCAUGCCGACAUGGAGGCAGCCCGCGCCUUCCUCGACACGGAGAUCAAUGGCCUGUCGGUCUUGUCCCGCGAAGAGCAGGAAGCGGAGAUGCAGUGGUUCAUCGACGCCGCCCAGCCGUUUGCCGGCAUGGAGAUCAAGGUGGUCUCGGAAACCAUCACCACCCAUGAAUAUGAAAGCCAGGUGCUGGCGCCCGCCUUCACCGCGAUCACCGGCAUCCAGGUCACGCACGAUCUGAUCGGUGAAGGCGACGUCGUCGAAAAGCUGCAGACGCAGAUGCAGUCCGGCGAGAACAUCUAUGACGCCUACAUCAACGAUUCCGACCUGAUCGGCACCCACUGGCGCUAUCAGCAGGUGCGCAACCUGACCGACUGGAUGGCCGGCGAAGGCGCAGACGUGACGCUGCCGACGCUCGACAUCGACGACUUCAUCGGCACCUCGUUCACAACAGGUCCCGACGGCAAACUCUACCAGCUUCCCGACCAGCAGUUCGCCAACCUUUACUGGUUCCGCUACGACUGGUUCAACGAUGAGAAGAACAAGGCCGACUUCAUGGCCGAAUAUGGCUAUGAGCUGGGCGUGCCGGUCAACUGGUCGGCCUAUGAGGACAUCGCCGAAUUCUUCACCGGCCGCGACCUGAGCCAUCUGGGCGUCGAAGGCGAAGUCUAUGGCAACAUGGACUACGGCAAGAAGGAUCCGAGCCUCGGCUGGCGCUACACCGAUGCCUGGAUGUCGAUGGCCGGCAUGGGCGAUGUCGGCGAGCCGAACGGCCUGCCGGUCGACGAAUGGGGCAUUCGCGUCAACGAGAAUUCGCAGCCUGUCGGCUCGUGCGUCGCGCGCGGCGGCGCCACCAAUUCGCCGGCGGCCGUCUAUGCCGUCACCAAGGCGAUCGAAUGGCUGCAGAAAUACUCGCCGCCCGCAGCCGCCGGCAUGACCUUCUCGGAAGCCGGUCCGAUCCCGGCCCAGGGCAAUGUCGCCCAGCAGAUGUUCUGGUACACGGCCUUCACCGCCGCCACGGUCGAGCCCGGCCUGCCGGUGAUGAACGAGGACGGCACGCCGAAAUGGCGCAUGGCGCCCUCCCCGCACGGCGUCUACUGGAAGGAAGGCCAGAAGAUCGGCUAUCAGGACGCCGGGUCCUGGACGCUGAUGCAGUCGACGCCGGUCGACCGCGCCAAGGCGGCUUGGCUUUAUGCGCAGUUCGUCGUCUCCAAGACGGUCGAUCUGAGAAAGGCCGAUGUGGGUCUGACCUUCAUCCGCGAGUCGACGAUCGACUCCGAUCACUUCACCGAGCGCGCGCCGCGUCUUGGCGGUCUGAUCGAGUUCUACCGUUCGCCGGCCCGCAUCGCCUGGUCGCCGACCGGCACCAACGUGCCCGAUUAUCCGCGUCUGGCGCAGUUGUGGUGGCAGAACAUCGGCGACGCCAUGUCCGGUGCGAAGACGCCGCAGGAAGCGCUCGACGCACUGUGCGCCGAUCAGGAGAGCGUGCUUGAGCGCCUCGAACGGGCCGGCGUCCAGGGCGAUCUCGGCCCGGUGAUGAACGAGCCGCGCGAUCCGGCCGAGUGGCUGGCCGAGCCCGGCGCACCGUUCCCCAAGCUCGAGAACGAGGAUGAGGAGCCGAUCACCAUCAGCUAUGACGAGUUGGUCGCCUCCUGGGGCAACUGA